AUGAGUUCGACCUCAGAUCGUUUAUCGAACAAAUUGCGGGUUGAUUGUGAGCUCACAAUCGAUUCAUUUCUUUUACCACCCGUUUCCUCCUCCUCGUCCAUAGUAUCACACAACACCCUCCCUUUAGUCUCCGGCAAGCAAACCACAAACAACCCGCACGUCAAAAUCGUCACACCAAACACGCCGUACGAAACUAACCCCUUCCCCCCGUUAGCUGCCACCGCCACCACUAUCGGCCCUAGAAACCCCCCGAGCAAAAUUGCCUCCCUCACCACUGACACGGCCGAGUUCCUCACGCACGUCGGAAAAAGCUCUAGCACGUACACCAAGAGCACGUCGAAGGCCAUAUUCGCCCCGAUAAAUGAAAGCAACUCCAAUCCCAUCUUCAACAACCCGUUGGGCCCUAACAAAACCACCCCGGCCACAUUGCAAAUCCCGCUUAGCACGCACAAUCCGACCAUUAACGCCUUCCUCCUCAUCAUCCCAAUCACGGGAAGUAGGGCUGCAGAAGAGAGGAGCCCGAAUAGCGCGUUCAUCCCGACACUAAAGUAUAGAUUGACGGGUAAACUCCCGAGGCCCAACGGCAUCCCGUAG